ACGUUUCGCACAUGCACACGGUAAAACUAUACAUGUACACACAAUAUCCGCGCGCGCUGGUAAGAGCUUCGCAAACGUUUAUCGUUUCCUAUUCAGUUACUCCAGUGCUCCGGUCCGACCAACAACCACUUUAUCACACGGACUUCAUCGUCCAUCCGUUGCAAACAAGUACCAUACUAGAAAAUAACUAUUCAAUUUAAAAUGGGUGGAAUAAAACAGAGCCAAUGGACACCAACUAAAAGACGUGGUCCAAUAGCUGCUGAAUUUUCCGGUCCUGGACCAGCUGCAGUAGCACUACCAACACUCGUCGGAAAUUUAGUACCGGAAUCUAAACGUGGACGCGCCCCAGCCUUCAGUUUUGGUGCUAGGCACAAUGAAAAAAAUGACAGCGCAGGACCCGGACCAGGUCAAUACAACAUUACUGGACUAAGCUCAAAAGGCAAGGACACGCCGCCGGCUGCCACGCUGCACUCAAGGCCCAAGGAAGUGAGACCGGAUAACUUCCCGGCACCGGGCGACUACAACCCGGAGAAAGCGGAAAAAGUGAUCCACGAACACUCGCCCCAGUACACGUUCGGGCUGAAGACGCAAGUGGACAAGCCGAACCCGAACCCCGCACCCAACGUGUACAACAUACCGACGGUGAUGGGCGCAGCCAAGGAGGGACACUUCAAGGCGGCCCCGUCGUUCAGCAUCUCGGGCCGCACCAAGGAGUUCCCGGACGGGCGGCUGCUAAACCCUGGCCCCGGCGCUUACAACGACGUAAGCGCAGACAGUAUUAAACCGAAAUCACCAGCGUACACGGUCAGCGCUCGGUAUAACAUGCCAGGCGACAGUUCUCCUAGACCUGGGCCCGGAGCUUAUUCCCCCGAAAAGGUUCAAAUUGAUUUGCAACCAGCACACUCAUUUGGAAUCAAACAUUCUCCGUAUUCUCAUAGUUUUGGCAUUGGUUACUGAAUGAAAAUGAAAACUAUUUAACAACAUUAUUGAUGCUCCUAACAAAAUAUAUUGCUUUUGAAUACGAAGUGAAACUACCGAUAAAACAAUUUUCAAUAAUUAUACUACACUAUAAGUUUCUUUUUUUUUUUACAGUAAAAUUAUUAUUAUCAAAAUCAUACGAAAUAUGAAAAUGUAUCCAAAAACUAACAAUAAAAAAUAAACAAAUGUAAGGAAUACAUUAACCUAUCUUAAAAUUGUAACUUUAAAUAAAUAUAUUAGUUAUACAAUGAUUUA